AUGAAGGUCACCAAGGAUACAGUUACAAUUAGUGACCUAGCUAUAGGGAAUUGGUAUGGUUCAAAAGGAUAUACUGUUCAACUGAAAGAUGCUGAUCCAAAUGAGCUUGAGCUUUUUAUCCAAAAGUUGCCCGCCUCUAUCAAAGGUAAGACUAAGAGUAUGAAAUGUAAUUUCUAAUACUUUUUUUGAUUUUGGUUUUGCAACAAAAAGGCACAUGGUUGAACCUCUAGCUGUACGUGAUGUAGUGUAUAGAUACAGGCAGAUCAAGCUUAUGGCGAGAGUUCAGUAGUUAGUUUGGUUCUUAUAAAGCCGUACAGGUGCAGUCAGACAAUGAUACAGGCAGCCCAAGCUUAUGGUGUCAGUAGUUAGUUAGGUUUUGGUUUUUGAAUUAUGAUAAAACCCGUACAUAUGUAUGGAUACAGGCAGCCCAAGCUUAUGGUGUGACUAGUUAGUUUUGGUUUUGGUUUUUGAAUUUGACGGCAUAUUGGUUAAACCUGUACAGUUAGUCAGUCAAUGAUAGGCAGCCCAAGCUGUUGGUGUGAGAAGUUAAAUAGUCUGUAGGUUUUGAUUUUUGAAUUUAAAGACAUAUGGUUAAAUCCUGUGUUCAUGUGCAAGGUGUUAAACGGUGUUAAACAAAGUCGCGUUCUGAACGCUUUUAAAUUUGGUCUACUUUCGACCUUUCCGUUUCUGUUACGCCGCAAAAUAUUAUAAUUGAUAGAAUUAACGCAAAAUGCAAUGGCAUUAAGCAUUGUAAAACAGCUUUCUGAACAAAAUGUAGGAAUUACAUAACGCAAAGUGUAAUAAAUUUUUAGUGCAAAACGUAACAACUUCUUUUGCGCGAAAUGUUACAAAGCAAAAUGUAGCAAAUAAAGCUGUUAAGAAAAGGAAAACCUGGCAAGCGUGAGCGUGUAAGCCUCCUUGUUAAGGAUUGUCACAAGACCCGCCAUAUCAAGGUGUUCGAUGCAAAAAUUAUUGCGCUUUAUUGAAUCGAAAAAUCUUUGAAUAUUUCUUUGCACGCUUUCGGAAGGGUAAAUAAUCGAGCAAUUAAACUUACCAAACGAGAUGGGUCUAAGAAAAACUAUUUUUAACCCUUCUAUACCUGUUCUUUCAAUAGGCUCACCGUGUUUAGUCAAUUACAUGUAAACGCUGCCCUGGAAUAAACGUUCAAUUAACGCUGUUCUCGAAUAAUCGCCGCACACAACAAGAGGAAUGCGGCGUUUAUUCGAGGAUUAAAAAAAAAUCGGUACAAUUGGUAGUCUACACUGGCCCUAGCCACAAGUUGCUCCAAAAUUUCGAAAAAGUUGCUUGAAGUUGCUUGAAUUUUACAAAAAGUUGCUCCUUAAGUAAAAUCAAAAUGACAUGAGUGACAGCCAUUUUCGCGUUUUUAAGACAAACGCCACUGAUUAAUUACAACAACGCAAUUCAAAACUACUUCCUUCUUUGCCCUGUUUGUAAACACAACUGCUACAGGUGACAUUCAAACGCACAACUGUGGAAUGUCUUUCGUUUUCCUGUGCAAUAAGAAAAUAAGAGUACUUAAUUAAGUGAUUUUACUUUACACGUGAUUGCCGAGAAAUAGUUCAUGACAAUUAUAUAUCACGAAAUAGUUACAAUAAAGGAAAAAAAUUCGUAUUGGUCGCAUAAAUCAGUCAGUAUCGUGUGAAAAAGAACGCUGUGAGUCGAAAUUCCUUCAUGAGAUCAAUAUCUUUGUUCUCUUUGGUUUUGUAGCUAUUGCAGCGUUUUCAGGCUUACUUAGAUUUGCAUCAAGCGUUUUGGCUUCGCUGAUAGUAGUCAAAGUUAGAGAGUUAGAAUUUUCUUGCCCUAAACUAACUGAAGAUUCAGUGUUUGCCAUCAUUAUGAAAAAGGCACGAACGGCUGACCCCAAACCGCGGGUAGUUUAAUUGAGAAGCAGGGGUGGGUGUUAGGUGGCUGAGGGGUGGGGGAUGGGGCACAAAUAUCGAUUUUCACUUAACAAGGCUUAAACAGUAUCAUGGGACUGUUUAAUUGCCUUAUGUUGCUUAAAAUUUAAUCAAGUUGCCCAAAAACUAAAAGUUGCUCCAAAAGGUGCCUAGGGCUAGUCUACACCGUCCAGACUAUUACAAUUCUAUCUUAAAAAUUAAGAAACACCGUGGCUUUUUUUAUACGGUAUAUCACGCUGGUUCCUACAUGCUUGUGCUUAUAGUUAACAUGACAUUUCAUGGCUUUAGAUUCUGGUCAAAACACAGCCGGUAUAUAGUCCCGGAUUACUAAGUUUUUGCUAAGAUUUAUCGGAUCAUUAUACGUCUCUGGGAAACUGCCCACCUACCCCUCCCCUAAAGUGAAAUGUCCUCCUUCACCGCAGGAUAGGAUAUAUAUUCACGAUUCGUUUUUUUUUUUCAGUCUGCGUUAAAGGACAUAAAUGUCUGUUUUUAGACACCUCUUAUGUGCCUUGCAAUAAGGAAUGCAACAUAAAAAGUUUCUCUUAGCCACUUUUCCAGUGCAUGUAACUUUUAUCGGUAUAGAAGUGACUAUGUAGCUGAAGAAUUUAAUUUUUAUAUUUUACAUUGUUGCAUCUCCAGUUUAAUAAAACGUUGUUACAAUUUGCGUUCAAAACUUGUUACAUUUUGCGUUAAAGCGUUUUUGCAUUUUGGAUUAAAGGUUUUGUUCAAAGGCUGGAUAGCGCUAUCCACCGGGUAAAUCUCUAUCCAGUGGAUAGUGUAAUUAGUUUCCCCAAUACUUAUCCACUGGAUAAUGAUUUACCCGGUGGAUAGCGCUAUCCACCGGGUAAAUCUCUAUCCAGUGGAUAGUGUAAUUAGUUUCCCCAAUACUUAUCCAUUGGAUAGUGAUUUACCCGGUGGAUAGCGCUAUCCACCGGGUAAAUCUCUAUCCAGUGGAUAGUGUAAUUAGUUUCCCCAAUACUUAUCCAUUGGAUAGUGAUUUACCCGGUGGAUAGCGCUAUCCACCGGGUAAAUCUCUAUCCAGUGGAUAGUGUAAUUAGUUUCCCCAAUACUUAUCCGUUGGAUAGUGAUUUACCCCGUGGAUAGCGCUAUCCAACAUUUGAACAACCGUGGCCAGAUGUUUUCACAUUUCGCGUUAAUUGGCGCCAUAAUCUUCGUCUCUCCGCACCUUGUCGAGUAACGAAUUGUCUAACACUGGAAAAUAAUAAUCAAAAAAGGCGGUGGGGGGGGGGGGGGGGGGGGGACAAAAAUCAGCUGCUAUAGGGUUGUAACUCAACUUCGCAAGCUGAAGACGUUUUACAAACAAGCAAUGUUAAGUGACAAUUGGGCGAAAGGGACCAUUCUAAAUUUCAUUUUAUUUAUCAAUAUUUCGUUAUGCACAGUUGUCACUCAGUUUCAAGAGAAGAAAUGCAGUGCAUUUUCUGUUAAGUCAAGGGUUUUUUGUAGGUAAAACCAUAUGCUCCUGGUGAAACGUAGUCUGUUUGCCCAUGGUACUCAAGUGAUUUUGAUUGCUUUGUAUCGUUUUUGAAUAAUCCUUUCAGAAAAAAUGCAAGAUCUACGCGAAGCAAACUCGACAAGCCGAACCUCAGAAUUAGAAACCGGACAGUUGAGAGAUUUUCAGCCACGUGAAGAAAAUUUCCAGAGGCAGUUAAGAUAUGUGCAGCAACGCGAAGAGAAUUUACAAAGACAGUUCAGAGAGCUUCAGGAACGGGAACAGAGUUCUCAGAGGCAGCUUACGGAGUCGCGGCAGCGUGAACAAAAUUUGAAGCGGCAACAAAUGAAAUUUUCAGACCCCCGAGGUGAACUUAACAUCGACGAAGGUAAGCAUGCUUUGGCACACACCCUCCUCGAUCUGCUUAAUUCUUCAUAUCCUACUCAGCCUCAUUCAUUAAUUACUAAAUAUUGCAUUAGUAGUCGAUAUUUAUUACAUUAGUGGUUACAUUAGUAGUUACAUGAUCACUCAGACCAACUGUGGCCCUGUUACGACAGCAAAUAUACGGUACAUCAGAGGCGCCUCCGAAACUACUGUACGUAUAUUACAACCAUACAAUAUACGUGUUGCACACAAACCGAUAACCACUUAAGGUGGCUCGAUAUAGUUUUUCAAGGUCAAUACCUCCCAAGUUUGAGCGUAAACUGCGUCGCCAUAAACAAGGAUUUGGAAAAAUUGACACCACAGUUGUAUUAGAUAAAAAAGAAAAUUGGUUAUGAUCAGGGUUGCAAUGACAUCGGAGUUGUCAUAGCAACGAAAUGACGCCAUUACCUAUUUUACUUGCAGCAGUAUUUCUCGGCACUGGGAACUGUUCUUCCAAAAUCGUUUACUGGAGCUUUUACCUACGAUAGCUGCCUCGAUGUUCGUGAAGUUUAAGCGAAAUCUGUAAGAGCGUUAUCGAGAUAUUUUGGGAUGAGGUUUUUUUGGUUAGAAAUACGGUAAAAAAUUGACAAUCUUGAUGUUCGACUGUUAUCUGUACUAAACGAAGCGCUUUUGACAUGCAAUUUCACCUCAUAGUAGUUUCAAUCUUUUUAAAAACGUGUGUGAAAGAUCUUGGAGAUACCUCCAGCCGAUUGCUAGAAAGGAGGAUUUGAUUAGUAUGUAUCAAGUCGAUCUUGUUAGCGGUGAUGUAAACAUUUCGGUCUACUUUAACAAAUUAGCGAAUAAUUUUUAAACCGCUCGAUAAAUUUUCUAAAAAAUUUAAGAGUGUUGAGAUAAACCGUCCUUUUAUUUGACCUCUUAGUUUCAAGAUUAUUGAUAUAUUGUAAGGUAGUAAAAUAAGGGCUACAAUUCGCUAAUAUUUUGUCAGAAAUUUUGUCUUUGCAAGUGAGAGCCUCUUAUUAUUCAGGGGUAUUGUCUCAAAGUUUCAUUUUCACGUGAACAGCAGUAACUAACAAUGCAUUUGACAUAUGCUAAACUGCUAGCUAUUGUUAUGCACGAAAAUAUGAAACUUGGAGACAAUACCCUGAAUAAUGAGAGGCUCUCACUUGUAAACACAAAAUUUCUGACAAAAUGUUAGCGAAUUCAAGCCCUUAUUUUACUGCCUUACAAUAUAUCAAUAAUCUUGAAACUAAGAGGUCAUAUAAAAGGAGGGUUAAUCUCCAGAUUCUUAAAUUUUCUAAAAAAUUUAUCGAGUGGUUUAAAAAUUAUUCGCUAAUUUGUUAAAGUAGACCGAAAUGUUUACAUCACCGCUAACAAGAUCGACUUGAUACAUACUAAUCAAAUCCUCCUUUCUAGCAAUCGGCUGGAGGUAUCUCCAAGAUCUUUCACACACGUUUUUAAAAAGAUUGAAACUACUAUGAGGUGAAAUUGCAUGUCAAAAGCGCUUCGUUUAGUACAGAUAACAGUCGAACAUCAAGAUUGUCAAUUUUUUACCGUAUUUCUAACCAAAAAAACCUCAUCCCAAAAUAUCUCGAUAACGCUCUUACAGAUUUCGCUUAAACUUCACGAACAUCGAGGCAGCUAUCGUAGGUAAAAGCUCCAGUAAACGAUUUUGGAAGAACAGUUCCCAGUGCCGAGAAAUACUGCUGCAAGUAAAAUAGGUAAUGGCGUCAUUUCGUUGCUAUGACAACUCCGAUGUCAUUGUAACCCUGAUCAUAACAAAUUUUCAUCUUUAUCUAAUACAACUGUGGUGUUAAUUUUUCCAAAUCUUUGUUUAUGGCGACGCAGUUUACGCUCAAACUUGAGAGGUAUUGACCCUGAAAAACUGUAUCGAGCCACCUUAACGGCGACUGCUUACUAAUGUCAAGGACAAAGACAAACCGGAGGACAGACAGGAAGCAGUAUACAAGAUCAAAUGCUGCGACUGCCAGGCUUUUUACAUUGGUGAAACCGGUAGAAACCUAAGCACUCGACUGACCGAACACAAACGAGCGACGAGGAAUGGUGACGUCAACAAUCACAUUGCUGAGCACCAUUUACAGACGAAACAUCAAAUUGACUGGGACUCUGCGACAUGUAUAACGUAUUCUACAGACUACUAUCAACGUCUUACUUUAGAAAGCUGGUUUACUAACUUAGAACAAACGCCACUGAAUCGUAGCCAAUAGUUACCAGCGCCGUACAAACGACUUAUUGACGAGAUCAAGCAAAACUAACUACGAGAGAACGACUGGAGAACUGACAAUUUGACUAACAAUAGACGACUGUUUAACUGUGACAAUAGACGGAUCGAAACGCACCAAUUACAGGAUGUGGUCCUUGAUCCGCGACUUUUCCGAAAAUGAUAAAUAAUUUCGUCGAGAAAAAAAAUACUUUGAAUAAUGAAAGAUAUCGUGAUUUACUGAUAAGCAUUCUUUCAUAUGACGAAGUUUCGGCUUUCUUGCUGUGGGUGAAGACGCGAAAUUAAAGUUUGUUGACAGGUAGGUUAAUUUGUAUUUCUUGAAGUUUGGAUUUUUGCGGCACUGUAAAUUACAUGGUCAUGUUUACUUAGCAUGCGAAUAAAUAAAACGCAACGGGAAGACGUGCCUUUUUGCAGAACAGGUUUUCAGAUCAACUUAUUUCUGCUGUUGGAAGCAUAUUGCUGUAGACUCUGAAUUUUUUGUUUUAUCGACGCUUGAAAAAUAUCACCAAAUUUCGCUUAGCGGUCCUUGGUCCGCGACUUAUGACCUUGGUUGGAUAAAACUUCCCAAAAUAAAAAGCGACGACCUUUGUUUUCGAAGAAUGUUUUGAAAAUCGUCCCUAUACAUGUCUACAAGUUCUCUUUAUUAAAUACCUCGAAUACAUACAGAGUUUUUAUUAAUUAUUUUCGACCGCGCUGAAAACCGCUCGCCGACGCUCGUGUGGGAGACUCAAGGAGACUGUUGUCUGAAGUCUUUGAAACAAAAGCAGAUUAUGUUAUACUCACAACAUCUUCCGAAAAAAACUGUAGCUUAAUUGCAUGAAGAAAAGAAAAAAAAUACACGAAAUAUUGUGAAAAUCACGUUUUCGUGGGGAAACUAUAGCAUUUUUACGUUUUUUUCGUGCUGCUUACCUGAGACGCGGACGAAGGACCAUCGAAAACGGUCGCCUUUUUUCGAAUUCCAAGCAAAAUAUUUAUGUUUGGAACUUGGUACAUAAAAGCUAUCUUCAGGGAGUAUUUCAGCUCGUUACGUGAAGAUUCGGGUAAGAUAUUCAAGUUAAUGACUUUUAGACGCAGACCAAGGACCGCAUACUGUACUGAACUGAUUACGAGUCUUCACAGCCAAUAACAUCACGGUUUAACUGACAGACGACCAACAACAUCGCGACGUAAUUGAUCAAUCAGAUCAAUAACCAGAGCAUAAUACCAUCAACUGACGUGAUACAACUCACUUUGAUUCUGAAGAUGACUACCGCACAGAUUGUCGAAACGUCAGUCACUGUCAACAACAACAGUCCUAUUCAGGACUGCGUUCACCCGGACCAUCAAACUCAACCUCUUUUAGUAGUUAGUGUACAUACAUACAUACAUACAUACACACAUACACACACGCAUACAUACAUACAUAAACUUUAUUUAUCCUCGGAUUUUAGUGUAGCUUACAUAGCUAGUAUCUCCGAUCCUAACUAAUUUUAAAAGUUACAACAUAUAUAAUAUAAUAUUCAUUAAUGUAUAGUAUUAACUAAAACCGUGCACCAACAAUUUGCGCUUAAAUUCACUAUAAUCUACAGUCUUUCUAAAGUGAUCAGGUAGAGAAUUCCAGUACUUAACAGAUGAAUAGCUAAAGUGUUACAGUUGUGGUCGAUUUUUACAUUAGUGGGUGAUACAGUGUGCGCCUUUACCUUUUAACUUCUUUUAACGCGAGCGUACGAAUUAGCUGUCGAAAGAUAAAAAUCCUAGAGAAUUUUAAUAAUGAAAGCGCUUGCAACAGAAAAGUCCUAAUCAUAUCCUAGUAUGCAUUAAAUCAUGGAGAAACUAAAGAAGAAUUAUCAAAAGGUAAACUGAAGGAGAGUGCUCAACAGUCCAGAUAAAAGUCAUAUGUGCACAUUGCCAUCGCCGGCCGCUUCUCGCUCUAAAGCAGGCCUCUCGGCCCACGAAACUUGUCCAGUGUCACAGCUAACAACCCUACCGGAAAAUAAUCAUCGGAGACGAUCGCCAUGGACUCCCAAUACACUUUGCUGAUGUGAAUGUUAAAGGUAACUUCAGCUGGUAAUAGCUUGGUAAUUACCUGAUAAUCUGAAAAAAUGUUUGCAGAGAUUAAAUUUAACGCUUAAAAUUGAUCGUCUGCCAAAAUGCUCUUUAUCGAAAAGGCUGUAUCAAUACGUCUUGUAUGAAUCGAAGUCUAAAAUACAUAUACUUUUAUGCCAGUAAGAAUGAGGGCUCGCUCAAGGGAGGAACUAUUUUUGGAGAAAUGUCAGUUAAAAAACAAGCAAUACCCGUAGAGACGAUGGGUGCAAGUCAUUCUGAAUAUUAAUUUCAUCUUCUUUUGAUCGGUUGCCUGUGAUUAUUCUGCCCGUUGGGCGUACGUUUUAUUUUUGUUCAAAAUUCAAAAUUUCCCUGCGUAACAAUUUGUUGAUUACCAAGUGGUUUCGUCCAUUUACACUACUGUGAUCUUGCUUGGAAGAACCACAUAGAAGGGACAGUUAAUAGCCUUAGAAGUGUCUUUAUAAGUGUCUUCAUAUUAUUGUACAUGCACUACUCUUUCAUCAUUGCUGAUCCUACAGCAUGUAGGACGUGUGUCACAUAUGAAACUAGUAAAUAAUUCAGUAUAUUGACCCUUACAAUUAUUGUCUCUGUAUCAUUUUAUAGUACUGUUUCAUCAUUGCUGAUCCUAGCAGUAUGUAGGACGUCUUUCACUUAUGAACGUAGUAAAUGGCUUUGUAGCCUUACCAUCAGUGUCUCUAUCAUUAUACAGUACUCUUUCAUCAUUGCUGAUCCUAACAGUAUGUAGGACGUCUGUCACAUAUGAACCUAGUAAAUGGCUUGGCAGCCUUACUAUCAGUGUCUCUGUAUCAUUAUACAGUACUCUUUCAUCAUUGCUGAUCCUAGCAGUAUGUAGGACGUCUGUCACAUAUGAACCUAGUAAAUGGCUUGGCAGCCUUACUAUCAGUGUCUCUGUAUCAUUAUACAGUACUCUUUCAUCAUUGCUGAUCCUAGCAGUAUGUAGGACGUCUGUCACAUAUGAACCUAGUAAAUGGCUUGGCAGCCUUACUAUCAGUGUCUCUGUAUCAUUAUACAGUACUCUUUCAUCAUUGCUGAUCCUAGCAGUAUGUAGGACGUGUGUCACAUAUGAACCUAGUAAAUGUUUUAGUAGCCUUACCAUCAGUACCUCUGUAUCAUUAUACAGUACUCUUUCAUCAUUGCUGAUCCUAGCAGUAUGUAGGACGUCUGUCACAUAUGAACCUAGUAAAUGGCUUAGUAGCCUUCCCAUCAGUGUCUCUGUAUCAUUAUACAGCACUCUUUCAUCAUUGCUGAUCCUAGCAGUAUGUAAAACGUGUGUCACAUAUGAAUCUAGUAAAUGGCUUGGCAGCCUUCCCAUCAGUGUCUCUGUAUCAUUAUACAGUACUCUUUCAUCAUUGUUGAUCCUAGCAGUAUGUAGGACGUCUGUCACAUAUGAACCUAGUAAAUGGCUUAGUAGCCUUCCCAUCAGUGUCUCUGUAUCAUUAUACAGUACUCUUUCAUCAUUGCUGUUCCUAGCAGUAUGUAGGACGUGUGUCACAUAUGAACCUAGUAAAUGGCUUAGUAGCCUUCCCAUCAGUGUCUCUGUAUCAUUAUACAGUACUCUUUCAUCAUUGCUGUUCCUAGCAGUAUGUAGGACGUGUGUCACAUAUGAACCUAGUAAAUGGCUUAGUAGCCUUCCCAUCAGUGUCUCUGUAUCAUUAUACAGUACUCUUUCAUCAUUGCUGAUCCUAGCAGUAUGUAGGACGUGUGUCACAUAUGAACCUAGUAAAUGGCUUAGUAGCCUUCCCAUCAGUGUCUCUGUAUCAUUAUACAGUACUCUUUCAUCAUUGCUGAUCCUAGCAGUAUGUAGGACGUGUGUCACAUAUGAACCUAGUAAAUGGCUUAGUAGCCUUCCCAUCAGUGUCUCUGUAUCAUUAUACAGUACUCUUUCAUCAUUGCUGAUCCUAGCAGUAUGUAGGACGUGUGUCACAUAUGAACCUAGUAAAUGUUUUAGUAGCCUUACUAUCAGUGUCUCUGUAUCAUUAUACAGUACUCUAUCAUCAUUGCUGAUCCUAGCAGUAUGUAGGACGUGUGUUACAUAUGAACCUAGUAAAUGUUUUAGUAGCCUUACUAUCAGUGUCUCUGUAUCAUUAUACAGUACUCUUUCAUCAUUGCUGAUCCUAGCAGUAUGUAGGACGUGUGUCACAUAUGAACCUAGUAAAUGGCUUAGUAGCCUUCCCAUCAGUGUCUCUGUAUCAUUAUACAGUACUCUUUCAUCAUUGUUGAUCCUAGCAGUAUGUAGGACGUGUGUCACAUAUGAACCUAGUAAAUGGCUUAGUAGCCUUCCCAUCAGUGUCUCUGUAUCAUUAUACAGUACUCUUUCAUCAUUGCUGAUCCUAGCAGUAUGUAGGACGUGUGUUACAUAUGAACCUAGUAAAUGUUUUAGUAGCCUUACUAUCAGUGUCUCUGUAUCAUUAUACAGCACUCUUUCAUCAUUGCUGAUCCUAGCAGUAUGUAGGACGUGUGUCACAUAUGAACCUAGUAAAUGGCUUAGUAGCCUUCCCAUCAGUGUCUCUGUAUCAUUAUACAGUACUCUUUCAUCAUUGCUGAUCCUAGCAGUAUGUAGGACGUGUGUCACAUAUGAACCUAGUAAAUGACUUAGUAGCCUUCCCAUCAGUGUCUCUGUAUCAUUAUACAGUACUCUUUCAUCAUUGUUGAUCCUAGCAGUAUGUAGGACGUCUGUCACAUAUGAACCUAGUAAAUGACUUAGUAGCCUUCCCAUCAGUGUCUCUGUAUCAUUAUACAGUACUCUUUCAUCAUUGCUGAUCCUAGCAGUAUGUAGGACGUGUGUCACAUAUGAACCUAGUAAAUGACUUAGUAGCCUUCCCAUCAGUGUCCCUGUAUCAUUAUACAGUACUCUUUCAUCAUUGCUGAUCCUAGCAGUAUGUAGGACGUCUGUCACAUAUGAACCUAGUAAAUGACUUAGUAGCCUUCCCAUCAGUGUCUCUGUAUCAUUAUACAGUACUCUUUCAUCAUUGCUGAUCCUAGCAGUAUGUAGGACGUGUGUCACAUAUGAACCUAGUAAAUGACUUAGUAGCCUUCCCAUCAGUGUCCCUGUAUCAUUAUACAGUACUCUUUCAUCAUUGCUGAUCCUAGCAGUAUGUAGGACGUCUGUCACAUAUGAACCUAGUAAAUGACUUAGUAGCCUUCCCAUUUGUGUCUCUGUAUCAUUAUACAGUACUCUUUCAUCAUUGCUGAUCCUAGCAGUAUGUAGGACGUGUGUUACAUAUGAACCUAGUAAAUGUUUUAGUAGCCUUACUAUCAGUGUCUGUGUAUCAUUAUACAGCACUCUUUCAUCAUUGCUGAUCCUAGCAGUAUGUAAGACGUGUGUCAUAUAUGAAUCCAGUAAAUUGUUUUGCAUGCAUCACUGCCAAUCCUAGCAGCAGAGAUAGAAUCUUUAUUGAAACUCGCUUACAAUAUAUAGCGCACUCGUGCUAGUUUGAGCGAGCAAAAAGUACUAAAGCUACAAAAUGCCUAAAAUAAAAUUGAACAUAAUAAAAGAUAUAAUGAUGACUGCAUACCAGCAAAGUCAAUUUUGCAUAUUAUGUUUUUGAAAGAACGAAGAUCCUGAGAUAAUCUUAUAUUAUCUGUGAGAAAAUUCCAUAAGUUAGGCCCUAACUAUCUGACCCAAGUUAGUCCAUAUGAUGUUGUAUUACAGUUGGGAAUAGAUAAAAUAUGAGACGCUCCAAGACCAUAUGGUGUGGCACGUAAAAAGACGACAUCCCUAAUAUACACUAUUAAGACAAUAUAACACACCCCACUCAAACGUUCACUCGCAACUGGACUGCACUCGGUUAUCCCCUCCCAGCUCCCUCCCCCACCCCACCUUCACCGAUGAAAGUGUGCAGCCGAAAUUUCUUCCGAUUUUCAUCGUAGCAUUGAAAUUUGGCGGGUGAGACAGCAGCACAUUCUUACAAAAAUAGCUUGGUGAGUCGAGGGCAAGUCACUAGUAUGUAAAACUCAACUGAUUUGGUGAAAUGCCCGGUGUAUGAUCAGGCGUUACGGGUGCAGUAUGAAAUGAGUGACACGUGUGGUUUGUCAGUAAUAUUCUUUCAUCCACGUUAAUGUAGAUUAGCCUUACGUAAGCAGUUUCAUAGACCUAAAACCGAGGUGAUAAUAUUGUGCAGAUACUAACAUGCAAACAUUGGAAUCGUGAACUGAUUUCUUUGAAGGUUAUUCAUAUCCUAUCGGACAGUACGGUACUACAGUACCUUCGCACACUUUUAGUCAAAUGUGUAGUUAACGUUAAAUGUGGUACUUGCUUUCAAUUGUCAGUUAAGUGUUUAGUGUUGUGGGAUGGCAGAGAUGUCUGUUGACUUGUAAGGGCACCGCAAGAAACAGUUUAAUAUGGUAUGUGUACUGACAUCCUCUGUCUUUGCUAAAUGGUCAUACAUGUGUAAGCAAGUCUUUGGCAUGUCCUGUUAUGUAAUGGCUAUAAUUAUAGUAAAAGCAGCCUUGAUACAUCUUAUUCCUUUGAUAUACUUCUUUGUACUUCUAUGAAAUUUCAUAUACUGUUCACUUUCAUACAUAUCUUCGCCUCCGAGGGGUAAUCAUCAUGCUAAAACUGUUACGUACUCUUUCUUUGAAGUGAGUAGUUAUAAGUGUCCAAGUACCUUGCAUAUAAAAGCUGUAGUGGGUCCCGAAUACAUAGUAAUACAGAUAAGUUCAGCGACUUUAAGGAAACUGAUUUAUAAGGAUUCUGUAACUAACAGUAUGAUGCUUUUGUAUAUUCUUAUUUGCUAAAAUGGUGAUACAAGUGUUCUGAUACUUUAAAUUCCUGAUACUUUUCUUGGUAAGUCCUGUUGUGCAAUGUCCAGUGACGCAGUCUUUAUUUUGUUCGCAUACUUCUUUGUAUAUUGACUGGUUCGACCUGAAUAAGGGAUCGUAUAACGCUAUUUCAUUGCUACCAGAUCGAGAUGUUUAACACUGCGUGUGUGCAUACACCAUGGUGAUGGUGGCUAUAAGUCAUCAAGAGUCCACGCUACCAGGACACUACAUGCAGUUGGUCUAUAGCCCUGCUUCCCGGAACGCUACGGUACAAUCUUAGAAGCGAACAGCCUCCCUUGUAAUCGUUUUUAGGGGACGGAGGAAGUACGACUCCCCAAGAAACGCCUGCGUGGAAGACUAAGACGCGAAGGCCGCUUUCGAUAAGUGAAAGGACAAUUACCUGAUCAAUAGAAACAGUUGUUGAGAGAUUGAGAGAAAUAGUUGUUGCCUAUCAGAAACAAUAUAUAAACUUUUUUUAAAACUUUUAUUCACAGCUGCACGGACAAGCCUAACAAAACUGGUCACAGGUAAAUUUAUAUUAUGUAGCGUUAUUUCUAUAACAAGAGUUGUAUAAAUAAAACAACAAAAACAAAGUAAAUAAAUGACGUUGAUAACUCAAGUACGUUUUAAGCAAAGAACACCUUUUCCGUGUUUGCAUUGCCUGAUAUAAACAAGAGAGGGUUUGGGAGGAUUCGGGACAGUUAUGCAAAUCCGAGACAAAGUCGAGGGUUUGCGUAACGGUCUUCCAACCCCUCGAGUGUUUAUAUCAGUCCAUGCAAACAAAGAAAAAAAAGUUUUCUAUUGCUUUUUUAAAUUAAUUUUCCCGUUUUCAGUUCUUGUUUUUCAGAAGAGAUACUUUCCAAAAUACGGAUUUUUCUGCUUAAAUUGUUAGCUUAAGCGAAAAAAAUUGACAGAGCAAGUUUGUAAAGAUUUUCCAAGUUUCAGCCGACGACGAAAUGGGUAAAGUAAACUUCUAGAGGUUUCAACUCAGGCCCCUUUCGAAUUCGUUUGUGUAUGUUUAGUGCGCGAAAAGCAAAACACUUUGACGUCACAACUGCGUUUACAUACUCUCAUGCAAACACUCCUCUCGGCCAAUCAGAGCGCGCGUACUUACUUAGUCAUUUUAUAAUUUGUAAUCUAAAUUUGAAAUCUCAAAGUCAAACUCCUUUGGUUAAAAAAUUUAUCAUAAUUUACCUGUAACCUACAUAUAAGAACCUGUAUGAUCUUACCUGGCUAAACAUGUUUUUGUAUUUUUGGGUAUUAAAGUGACAUAUUUCUUCUAGGACUUUCUUAACCCACUAGGUUUUUAAACGUGGGUUUUACUGUAUCUGGGGAGGUGAAUAUUUAAGAGAUCAGAUCUACCAAUCCUGAGGGCUUAGAUAUUCUUCCAUGUUCAUUCCCGAGGACUGUGGUCUCCAGGGAUUUAUACAAUCUAACGAUUUGUAAUUUUCGUUUCAUUGUUAUCAUCAUUAUUGUCUUUAUUUUCUUCAGUGAUAGACACAUCUGGUCAACAAAAAAGAACUGAAGAACAACUGAGAAGGACGAAGGAGCAACUACAACUGAAAGAUGAGCAGCUUAAAAUAAACGAGAAGAAACUGCGAGAAAAAGACAAGCAAGUUGAGGAGAAAGAUGAGCUACUGAGGAGGACAAAAAACCAACUGAGUGUGAAAAGUGAGCAAAACCAGCGUUUACAAAGACAGUUGAGCACUUUAGAAGGUGAUAAAAAGAAAGAAAGCGCUAAAUUCCAAGAACAAUUAAAUGUGAAGGUGCAAGAACUGACCGACUUACGAAAAGAGUUAAGAGAUCGUGAACAAGAUAACGUUGUGCUCGAAAAAGACCUUUUCACAGCUAAAGAAAAAUUAACUGAAUAUGAAAGUCAGUUAAAGGCACGUGACUGGGUCCUUUGCCGAGAUGACGUUCAGUUAAGUGAUGAAAGUCUGGGCGCGGGGGCGUUAGGACGAGUUGUGAAAGGUAGAUAUUGUGGCUGUGUUGUGGCUAUAAAACAGCUUCAUCAACUGACUCUUACUCAACGAGAGCGCCGUUUGUUUGAACGGGAAAUGGAUAUAGCCUCAAGGUGCCGCCAUCCUUGUUUGUUACAAUUCAUUGGGGCUACCCAAGACGAAAGGCCUCUGUUUGUUACAGAAAUCAUGGAAAAAAGUUUACGAAAAUUGUUAGGGGAGCGUCAAAAACAGAAUCAACAUCUCACCGAAACAGAAAUCAUUUUUAUAUCUUUGGAUGUUGCUCGAGCCCUAAACUACCUUCAUCAACGAAAACCUGAACCAAUUGUACAUCGUGAUGUGAGCAGCGCUAAUGUGUUGCUGUGGAAACAGAAUAACCAGUGGAGAGGCAAACUGGGGGAUUAUGGAACUGCAAAAUUUCUUCAAGAAACUAUGACAGUUGCUCCUGGAGCUAUGAUUUACGCCGCGCCUGAAAUAGGUUGUCCUUUCAAGCAAACUGUGAAGGUAAGUCUAUUAUAUGGAAUCAGUUGGUAA